UUUGACACUGGAGACAGGAGCUUCCUAGACUCUAUUGUUGUUGUUGCUGUGGUAACCAGCUGAGCUGACACCAAAUCUUCAAUCGGACACUUUUUAUCCGUCAUAUUUGAACUUUCUCUCCAGACCCACAUGUCUCAAAGGCGAUGGUUUUAAAGCUGUGACCACAUAACAUCCGUGCAACACUUGUUGGACUGAUCGUGGCAGCUGCAGGGAUGACUCGCUGGAUCUGGGGGAAUGCCGGGAAUGCCAGCAAAUGGGACAGAAGUGGGCCGCACAGAGGGAGGCUGAUGCCGCUGCUGUGGAUUAUCCUCUCCAGCUCGCUGUGCCUGGUGGUCGAGGGCCAGAUGAAGCUCUCACCAGAAACGGUGCAGCAGUGGGCUGUGUCCUUUGGCAAAGAGAUUACUGCCCUGUCCGCCAGAUACUCUGGAGCUAAAUUGCUACAGAAGAAAUACAAGGAUGUGGAGGCAGCGGUGAAGAUCGAGGAGGUGGACGGACGGGAGCUCGUAAAGAAAUUCGCUGAGGAGAUGGAGGAGAUGCUUGGGAGGAAGAUGAAAUCUGUAAAGAGGUUGGCCGAAGCAGCAGAGGAUGCUGACCUUUACCACGAGUACAAUGAAACACUCAUGUUUGAAUACUUUAACUCCAUGCUGGUCAACAAGGUGGAUGAGGAUGGGAAUCCGCUGUCGCUGGGAGGAGAAUUCGCUCUGGAGAAGAAUGAACACUUCAAUAAGCUGCCAGUCAACACACAACUGAGUAACAUACAAGUCCCGACUAAUGUUUACAACAGAGAUCCAGAUAUUCUGAAUGGAGCCUAUUUGUCUGAGGCUCUGAAUGACGUGUUCAUUGAUAACUUCCAGAAAGAUCCGACUCUGACCUGGCAGUACUUUGGCAGCGCUGCAGGCUUCUUCAGGUUGUACCCAGGGAUCCAGUGGAUUCCAGAUGAAAAUGGUGUUGUCACCUUUGAUUGCAGAAAAAGAAACUGGUAUAUCCAGGCCGCCACUUCUCCUAAAGACGUGGUAAUUGUGGUGGACGCCAGUGGCAGCAUGAAGGGACUCAGAUUGACCAUAGCCAAACACACCAUCAAUACAAUCCUCGACACACUGGGGGAAAAUGACUUUGUUAACAUCAUAGCUUACAGUGAUUAUGUUCGCUACGUGGAGCCCUGCUUCAAAGGAACACUAGUACAAGCUGAUCUGGAUAACAGAGAGCAUUUCAAGCUUUUGGUUGAUGAGCUACACGUCAAAGGCGAGGGCAGAGUGAAAAAUGCGAUGAAGGAGUCUUUCAAGAUCCUCAAUGAGGCUGCAGCGCUGGGCCAGGGCAGCCUGUGUAACCAGGCCAUCAUGCUGAUAACAGACGGAGCCAUGGAGGACUUCCAGAGUGUUUUUGAAGAGUUCAACUGGCCAGAACGGCGUAUUCGAGUUUUCACCUAUCUGAUUGGACGGGAGAUGACUUUUGCUGAAAAUGUGAAAUGGAUUGCCUGCAACAAUAAGGGUUACUACACACACGUCUCAACACUGGCUGACGUCCAGGAAAACGUGAUGGAGUACCUCCAUGUUCUCAGCCGACCAAUGGUCAUCAACCACGACCACGACGUCAUCUGGACUGAGGCCUACAUGGACAGUGUGUUACCAACGACACAAGAGCUGUUCAACACUCAGGCCCAAAGCCUGCUCUUCAUGACCUCUGUGGCCAUGCCUGUGUUCAGCAAGAAAAAAGAGACCUUGUCACGUGGGAUUCUGCUGGGAGUGGUAGGAACUGAUGUGGCCUUGAAAGAAUUGAUGAGAUUGGCUCCAAGAUACAAGCUGGGUGUCCAUGGUUACGCUUACCUCAUCACCAACAACGGCUACAUCCUAUCUCACCCUGACCUGCGACCUCUGUAUAAAGAGGGAAAGGUGCUGAAGCCAAAACCCAACUAUAACAGUGUUGAUCUGGCAGAGGUGGAAUGGGAAGACACCGAGGAGAAACUGAGGACCGCCAUGGUUAAAGGAGAAACCGGGACGAUGGCGUUAGAUGUGAGAGCGUCUUUAGAUAAAGGAAGGAGAGUGAUGUUCCUGAAGAAUGAUUACUUCUAUACCGUCAUCAACGAGACACCAUUCAGUCUGGGUAUAGUGCUGACUAGAGGAUAUGGAGAGUAUAUCUUCAUUGGAAACGUCUCAGUUGAGGAGGGUCUCCAUGACUUACUGGCUCCAGACCUGACCAUAGCCAAUGAAUGGACGUACUGUGAGACAGACAUUGACCCCGCCCAUCGUAAGCUGACCCAGCUACAAGCUGUGGUGCGAUACCUCACUGGCAAAGAACCAGAUCUGGAGUGUGAUGUGCAGUUGAUGCAACAAACUUUAUUUGAUGCUGUGGUCACAGCUCCUAUGGAAGCCUACUGGACCGCGCUCAUGCUCAACACAUCUGGUAUGAAGGAGGGGGUAGAAACUGCAUUCUUGGGGACCCGUUCCGGCCUGAUCCGGUUCCAACGAUACGCUGGUAUUGAGAAAAGAGUUGCCAAGUCUUUCCUGACCUCCGUAGACAAGGAGAAUAUGUUCACAUUGGACCAUUUCCCAGUGUGGUACCGCAGAGCGUCCGAGUACCCAGCUGGACAGUUUCUCUACUACACGCCCAGACAGGAGACUCGAGGAAAGAUAUUCAUCGCCACCACGGCUGUCACCGUAACGGUGGGAAAGAGAACUGCCAUCGCAGGAGCCAUUGGUGUCCAGAUGACUCUGGAUCUGAUUGAGUCUAUAUUCUGGGCUAUUGCAUCACAGCCAAAUGACACGGAUUGCUCUGAUACGGACGGGGUGUGUCCUCUUCAGUGUGACCGCUUUGAUAUUGCAUGCUACGUCAUUGAUAAUAAUGGCUUCGUCCUAAUUUCCAAACAGCGUCAAGAUGCGGGCAGAUUUUUUGGUGAGGUUGACGGAUCAGUGAUGACAACACUUCUCAGAAUGGGCAUGUUCAAAAGGGUGUCCUUGUACGACUACCAGGCCAUGUGCAAGAUGAACCUGCACUCUGCCAGCAGCGCCCGUCCUCUUCUCAGCCCGUUCUAUGGUUUGGCUUCGGUCCUCAAGUGGUUCCUCUCCAACUUCCUAAUGUUUCUCCUGGAAUUUAAUAUCUGUGGCUUCUGGCACACGGAGCAUCUCGCUGAUGCCAAGCCAUCUUUCAGUAUGUCCUCAGCGCAUAAGAAGAGAGGGGACAACCUGCAGCCAUGUGACACCGAGUACCCCAGCUUCGUCUAUGAGCCGUCGGUCAAAGAGACCAACGGCAUUAUUAAGUGUGGACGCUGCCAGAAGAUGUUUGUGGUGCAACAAAUACCGGAGAGCAACCUGCUGAUGUUGGUGGUGCAGGCGGACUGUGACUGCUCCAGACAGUACGCACCCAUCACCAUGGCGCCCGAGGAAGUCAAAUAUAAUGCUUCAGUGCAGUGUGACAGGAUGAGGUCCCAGAAGAUUCGCCGGCGCCCCGAGUCCUGCCACGCCUACCACGCCCAGGAGAACGCCAAUGACUGUGGAGGAGCUUCUGUUAUAUCUCUCUCUGCCACCCUCUUCCUCACCUGCCUCUCCUUCUCGACACUUGUCUCCUGAUGAUGGACAACUUUGCUAUUUUACCCAGGAGGUUGAAAUGAAUCAAGAGAUGCGUUUGGACACCUCAAGUGGAUUUUUUGUCACUCAUGUUGCACAUUUUGCUCAUUUGCUCAUUCUCCAAGGAUGGACCUAUGAUGUUGUUUUUGUACUCCUGGCAAUUAUUACAUUUGGCAAGUGAAUGGGCUGUUGUUGCCAUGGAUACUUUUCCAUGAGUUGCUUUCUCAAAAUGAAAAGGGACUAAAGCGAUGCAGGUGGUGGCUAUGACGUGCAUUGAUAAAACCGGCUUAUGAGUCACAAGAUGCAUAAACAUGUUGUUAAUAUUAAUCUGAUUUAUUGAAGGGACCGUAAUGUCUAGGUUCCGGCAAAGCAUCAGAAGAGACGGCACUUUGCCUGUGAGGAGAGAGAGAUAUUGUGUCUGCAGCUCAAGGGCAGCUACACGCCUGACAGUAUUCAACAUUCACACUUGUUAUCAGUAUUUACACAUACCAAGAGGGGCGCACGGCCAACAGACAGCCCCCACCCGGGGGUACGAGGGAUGGGAUAUGCACCUGUGACGAGAUCUGGGUAUAAAAGAUGGAAUCUUGAUGUGCUAAAGGAGGUGUGGUUUUCGGGCUUCAACUUGCAUGUUGAGGAGAGCUCCCCGUGGUUUGUACUUUGCUUUUGAUCAGUGAAUAAACGUCUCCCUAAAGGAGAGAACUA